AUGACUUCUCAAGUAGCAAGUUGUGAACUUUGCAAAGGUGACCACCCUACCGGCUUUUGUCCACCACCCGAAGGAGAGGAAGUUAAUUAUGUGAACAACCAACAUCAAGGCUAUCAAAGGAAACCUCCGUACCAACAUCAAGGUUAUCAAAGGAAUAACCAAGGAUUUCAACCUUCAAGAUUCAACAAUCAACAUCAAAGUCCGUACCAAAGUCCAAAUCCACAAGGUCAAGGUCAACAACCUCAAGGCGGAAGCUCAAAAUUGGAAGAUACUCUCAACCAAUUCAUGCAAGUUUCCAUGGAGAACCAAAAGACUAAUGUGGCUGCCAUAAAGAACUUAGAAAAUCAAGUGGGGCAGCUUGCAAAACAAUUGGCCGAACAACAAACGGGGCCUUCUUUUUCCGCAAACACUCAACCUAACCCAAAGGAGUAUUGCAAGGCAAUUAUUACAAGGAGUGGCAAGGAGGUGAGUAAUGGGGAGAGGAAUGAAAUAGUAGUGGGGGAUGAUGGAUUUGUUGUUGUUGAAGAUGAGGAGGAUGAGAUAGUGGUGGAAAAAGAAAAAGAAAAAGAAGGGGAGGAAGUAGCCGAAAAAGAGAAAAAUGUGAAGAAGAAUAAAAGAGAAGGAAAAGGAGUGGGUACGAAUCCCGUUCAAAACCUACCCUACCCACAUGCACCAUCAAGGAAGGAGAAUGCAAGACAUUAUGCUAGGUUCAUGGAUAUAUUUAAGCAACUUCAAAUAAAUAUUCCAUUCUCCGAAGCAUUAGAACACAUGCCAAAAUAUGCAAAAUUCUUGAAGGACAUUCUCACCAAAAAGAAACGAUAUCCGGACAAUGAAACUAUUAUGCUUGAUGCUCAAUGUAGUGCUAUCAUUCAAAGAACUCUUCCAAGAAAAGAAACUGAUCCGAGACGUGUCAUCUUACCGGUCACCAUUGGAGGUACUUACAUCGGCAAUGGUCUAAUUGAUUUGGGUUCUUGCAUUAAUCUCAUUCCUUUGUCUAUCAUAAAGAGAUUGGGGAAUAUUGAAAUGAAGUCUACCCGAAUGACAUUACAACUAGCCGAUAAGUCCACAACCUCACCUUAUGGAGUUGCUCAAGACAUAUUGGUAAAAGUGGACAAAUUUUUGUUUCCGGUAGAUUUUGUGGUGGUAGAUAUGGAGGAAGAUAGGGAUGUUCCGUUGAUUCUUGGAAGGCCAUUUAUGAAAACAUCCCGGAUGAUGAUAGACAUUGAUGACGGACUCAUGAAAGUGAGGGUGCAAGAUGAGGAAGUCACUUUUAAUCUCUUCGAAGCAAUGAAACAUCCCAAAGAAAAGCACGAUGUUUUCCGUAUGGAUGUCAUUGAAGAGGAAGUCAUGGGAAUUGCCAAUCAUGUUCAUAUCUCUAGUCCAUUAGAGAAAUGUCUCAUAGGUGAUUACAACAAUUCUUUCAAAGAAGAAGAAGAAGAAAUAGAGGCUAUUUUGGAAAGAUUGGAAUCGUGUGGAGAAAUUGACCAAAAGGAGGAAAAGAUAGAGGAAUUAGAUGCGGAAAAGAAAGUGGAAGAAACCAAAGUUGAAUUAAAGUUGCUGCCCACUCAUUUGAAGUAUGUAUUCCUUGGCGAAAAUUUCACCAAACCGGUGAUAAUUAGUAGUGCUCUAUCACCAAAGGAGGAAAAUAGGUUAAUUGAGGUGCUCAAGAGAAAUGAGGGAGCUUUAGGUUAG